AUGGACAUGUCCAUGUCACCGACCGUCUAUCAGCGUUGGCUCAUUGAUUAUAGUAACGAAGUUAAGGUUGACCUAGUUACCUCAAAAUCGAGGCGUGAUGUAUUAGUAGACAUUUCAGAUACCAGUGAAGGCAAUC